GAUGUGCUACGUGUUCCUGCAGGUGGGCCCCUGGGUUUGGAGGUGUAGGGGUUUUUCAGCGGCUGUGUGUGCACCCAGGGAGCGGCUGACCACGUAUCUGCCGUGUGUUUGGAUAUGCAUUUAUGUGUACACUCCGGGGAAGGGCUGUGUGUCUGUGUGUGUGAACUGCGGAGGGGUUUCUGGGAAAGAAGGGUGUAGGUACUGAGGAGGGUGGGUGUGUAAGAGCUGAAUGGGGCAUACCUGGCUGGGUAGGUGUGUGUGCACCUGUGUGCCAGAAAGGGGGUGAGGGAAUCUGUUCUCUUGGGUGUAACCUGUGUUGAUGGUUAAGUACCAGCGUGUGGACCCGCCUUAGGUGGUGUGUGUGCUCCUGAGUGUGUGUUGGGGGUACUACCUCUUGCCUCUGCAGGCACAUUGUCCUGGCAGAAAGCCCAAAGGGAUGGCUGUAUGGACGAUUCUGAAGCUUCUUGGUUGGCUCUCCCUGGAUUCAAAGGCUCAGCCCCCUCAGGCCACGGUUCUCCCGGGAAAGCUGCCUUGGGGUCUUUGACUUCGGAGUGCACUGACUGCCCUGCCUCCCGGAUUCUCCAGCUCCUGAGGAGUCGGGAUUUCUUUCCGUCUGGGGUGGAGGCAAGAGGACGCAGCCUGCUGGAGGGGUGCGUCGCUUGAUUUUCUCUGAGACAAGCCCACCCGUCCAGCAAAAUAGAGUCCCUCAGGGUGACGGUUGAUUUCCUGAAGGUGCCCCUUGGCCUGAAGAAGCCGGUGCUGAAGGAGGUGGCUGUGGGGCCCCCCAAAAGGCCCCAGCCCGUGGCCCUGGAGCGCUACAAGGCCCGGCGUUCGGACGCCAUGGACACGGAGUCCCAGUACUCGGGCUAUUCCUACAAGUCGGGCCACUCCCGCAGCUCCCGCAAGCACAGGGACCGCCGGGACCGACACCGCUCUAAGAGCCGAGAUGGGAGCCGCGGCGACAAGUCGGUGACGAUCCAGGCCCCAGGGGAGCCCCUGCUGGACAACGAGUCCACGCGAGGGGAUGAGCGGGAUGACAACUGGGGGGAGACGACCACUGUAGUGACGGGCACCUCAGAGCACAGCAUCUCCCACGAUGACCUCACGCGCAUCGCCAAGGACAUGGAGGACAGCGUCCCGCUGGACUGCUCCCGGCACCUGGGCGUGGCGGCGGGGGCCACGCUGGCCCUGCUCUCUUUCCUCACGCCGCUGGCUUUCCUGCUGCUGCCCCCGCUGCUGUGGCGGGAGGAGCUGGAGCCGUGCGGGACGGCCUGCGAGGGCCUCUUCAUCUCCGUGGCCUUCAAGCUGCUCAUCCUGCUGCUGGGCAGCUGGGCGCUCUUCCUCCGCCGGCCCAAGGCCUCGCUGCCGCGCGUGUUCGUGCUGCGCGCGCUGCUCAUGGUGCUGGUCUUCCUGCUCGUCGUCUCCUACUGGCUCUUCUACGGGGUGCGCAUCCUGGACGCCCGCGAGCGCAGCUACCAGGGCGUGGUGCAGUUCGCCGUGUCGCUGGUGGACGCCCUGCUCUUCGUGCACUACCUGGCGGUGGUCCUGCUGGAGCUGCGCCAGCUGCAGCCCCAGUUCACGCUCAAGGUCGUGCGCUCCACCGACGGCGCCAGCCGCUUCUACAACGUGGGCCACCUCAGCAUCCAGCGUGUGGCCGUGUGGAUCCUGGAGAAGUAUUACCAUGACUUCCCCGUCUACAACCCUGCCCUCCUCAACCUGCCCAAGUCCGUCCUGGCCAAGAAAGUGUCUGGCUUCAAGGUGUAUUCCCUCGGAGAGGAAAACAGCACCAACAACUCCACAGGGCAGUCCAGGGCUGUGAUCGCCGCGGCCGCCCGGCGGCGGGACAACAGUCACAAUGAAUACUACUACGAGGAGGCGGAGCACGAGCGGAGGGUGCGCAAGCGGAGGGCCAGGCUUGUGGUGGCAGUGGAGGAGGCCUUCACUCACAUUAAGCGGCUGCAGGAGGAGGAGCAGAAGAACCCCAGGGAGGUGAUGGACCCCCGGGAGGCCGCCCAGGCCAUCUUCGCCUCCAUGGCCCGUGCCAUGCAGAAGUAUCUACGGACCACCAAGCAGCAGCCGUACCACAGCAUGGAGAGCAUCCUCCAGCACCUGGAGUUCUGCAUCACGCACGACAUGACACCCAAGGCCUUCCUGGAGCGGUACCUGGCGGCCGGACCCACCAUCCAGUACCACAAGGAGCGCUGGCUGGCCAAACAGUGGACGCUGGUGAGCGAGGAGCCCGUGACCAGCGGGCUCAAGGACGGCGUCGUUUUCCUCUUGAAGCGCCACGACUUCAGCCUGGUGGUGAGCACCAAGAAGGUCCCGUUCUUCAAACUCUCCGAGGAGUUUGUGGAUCCCAAGUCGCACAAGUUUGUCAUGAGGCUGCAGUCUGAGACGUCGGUGUGACUGAGCAGCGGCAGGGGUGACGCCAGGGCUCCCGCGGGUCGGGGAGAGCUUGGCUCUCGCCUCCUGCCGCCCUGCCUCCUCCCGCUCCCUUUUACUUGAAUUGACUCCCCCCCGCUCUCCCGCCGCCCGACUGCUCCCCCCUCCUCCUUAGUCGCCCCCCCCCUCCCCCC